UGUAACGAUCUCAAGAAAUUUCUCAUUUAUUUGUUGAUUUGCUUCAAAUUAAACAGUCUGGUUACAACAAAAGCUUCCAAAAGUGUUGCAGAAAGGUUCUACAAAAAUAGAGAGUCAUCCGAAGCAAAGAUGGCUGUUCGAGAUUCCUUAUUCUCGUUGGAGGUCAUCGUAGAUCAAUUGGUGCUGCCAAGUGUCACAUGCCGUUUCCCCGCCGUAGCGUUCCGUCUGCUCGAUUUUCCAACAUUACUAGUGCAACAUGUUGAACCAGAACUUGCUGAUCGUAUCAAGAAAAAGAUCUCCAUCGAAAUGCAAGCCAACCUUCCAAGACAAUUGAAAGAACUGCAAGACAAAAAUGGUGCAUUUCUUGUAAAACGUGGCAAAUCAUGUUUGUUCAAAAUUUCAAGUGAGACUCUUCAGAUCCAUCUCUCAAACACUCCCCUCUAUGUGCUGGUGAUUGAUCAGUUUCCUGAAACUCCCAAGUUAGUUGCUAGCUGUUUGAUACCUCUCAAUGAGUGCAUGGAGAAGAUAAAGAAUGACAUUGAGAAACUUGGCAUCACCGUUCCUCAUGUGCAUGGAGAGAAAGGACAAUACAAGCUGUAUAAUUUGAUGGGGAUUGAAGUCGGUCAUGUCAACAUUGCCUGUCGUUUGCUAAGUCUUGGUGAAGGGCUUAUGCAGCACAUUCCAGAUCAUGCAAUUGCUAAGUUUGGAGUGGAUGCCCAAGGAAACAGCAUUUUGGCAAAGGAGGAUUCGCCAAGAAAGACAAAACCAGGAACACCAAGAAAGUCUUCAGAUGGAAGUCCAAGAAAGGUCGAUGACAGCCCAAGAAAAGCCAAAACCCCUAAGCAUGUUGUCAUCAAAACUCCUCCUAGAAAAACUGAUGAUGAUUUGAUUGUAGAAGAUCUUGAGGCACCUGAAAAAGGACAGCCUAUUAUCAUAUCGUCUGCUAAAGAUGCAAUUGAGGCUGCAAAAACAGGAAGAGAGUUGGAAAACAGCGGGACACAAACUGAACGUUCACGAAAAUCUAAACAUGUUCAAUUUCCUUCAUCAGACUUGUCUGAUGAGUUAGAUAAUGUAUAUUUGACAAACACCUACUGCCCUCCCCCUCUCUUCUAUAACAGCACUGCCGAAGAGAAACUGCCACCAUCAAAACUUGAGAUUUAUGAGUAUCACAGCCGUCCGGCAAAGCCUCUUGAAGUGAAAGAUUUUGACACUGAAAGUGUUCGUAGUGAUGAUGCGUUGUUUGAUCUAAUUGAGCAGGGUUUAGAUCAGACAUUGAUUAAACCAUCUGAUACUAAAUUCAUUCAUUACCAACACAGCUUGUUGCCGCCUCCCCCUAAACAACCUGAUCUUCAACAAAUGUUGAUGUCUCCCAACUUUCAAGUGGGUCAGUUUCCAUUUCUUCGGGCACUCACAGCAGAAUUGGCUUUCAUACAAAAUACACAGGCUCAAGUUGCAAGCCAGUCUCAGGGGGCCGGUAGGGGCCAGGGGUCUCCAACAAGAACAACUGAAAUAUCGCAACAGAAGCAUAGAAGUCCCCGGACUCCACAGACACCCCGUGAUGUCCGUCUCGAGGUGAUGCCACCAGCUGAGAAGGAAAACCGGGAACACUUCUUGACAAGAUUAGCUGCACCAAAAAGGAAGCUUCCAGAGAAACAAGGUGCUGUCCCAAGCAAUAAAGGCUGGUUGAGAAAGGAACCUGUUUUUGGUCAGAGGAAAACCAAGCCCAAGUUUUCCUAUGGUAUGACUAACACACAGCGUCUGAGGCUGGCACAGGUCAAUCCAGAACUGUUGCAUAGCUUGGAGUUGGAACAAGAAGAGGUGAAGCUUAGAAAACAGCAGGAACAAUUUGAAAAUAUGUCAAAUAUCCAGAAAGCAAUGGCCAAGACAUUCGUUCUGAAUCCUGCUCCGAGAGGCAUGGAUGACGUUACUGUUGAUAGUCGAACCAUGCUUGUUCAGAAGCCUUCCCACAUGAAACCAGUUCCUACGCCCCGCAAGGUCUCAAUUGAUGAUACUGCAUCACUUAAGGAAGUUAGUCCAACAGAGUUGAUAUAUGAAGCACGCCUUGCUCAAGCUCAGGUGCCAAUUGACCAUCCUGAUACCCCUUCUGGUAAGGUAAUGAAAUUGGAGGACCUUCAUGAGGCCGCCUAUGAUUACGAACCAAGUGGUUCGAGUAGUAAACACAGUGGUGGAAGCAGCCAGAAAAGUAUUGAGGUUCGUGUCCCAGCUGUUUCGAUGAAUGAUAGCGCUGGCUACUCCACGGAUGGAGACAGUCGUCCACCCUCUGUAGUGUCUAAAGUUGAUGACAAACCAGUCAAAGAAAAACCAGUUCACCCAGAAGAGAGACCACCAAAGUAUGGCCAGGUACGAUCCUCGUAUCCUGGCUUCCCAACAGCUUUCCAACUCAACGAUACACAAACUACUGCAAAGACAGAGUCAACAUUACAUUACACUGAUGAUUUUGAAGACUCGAAGCAGUGGAUGUCAACUGAUGAGCCAGAGCUUCAGGCGUUGAGAUACUCUGUUUCAGAAUCUGGAGACGAAGGCUCCGAAUCGUGCACCUUGACGGGAGAAGCAUCAGAUCCAACUGAUGAUGGUGUCCGAACAUCAACAACUAUCCGUAUUCCAAUUGUAAAUCCAAAGGCAUCUUUAAAUUCACCAAAGGCUGCCAUCAAGAAAUCAGCAUCAUUCCGUGCUGCAGAUUCUACUGCUAGAACUCUUGAAGGUGACUCCAGCACUGACAAGGGGAGCUUAAGCCCUACCCCUGUGCCAAGGAAAUCUGUCACACCCCCUGGAGAUGGAUCUCAACAACGUCUGAAACUCCAGCGAAGUGUUUCUUUUGAGUUUGAUGAAGAAGAACCAGUGAAGGAGAAGGUCCCUCCUCCCUACCCUCGGAAAGGCUCAAAGUCUGCUGAUCCUGCAUCGUCACUUGAAAUGAGUCAAGAAAAGCCAACUCCACGAAGAAGAGCUAAUGUAGGACGUUCACCCUCGGCUGAAAGCGUCGAGUCUCCUACAAGACAACGAAAAGGCCUUGUCAAGCCAAUGUUGCCAUCCAUCCAUACAGAGUCUGUUAGCUCCUACAUACCGUCUGAUCUUGAUUUGAACAUGACUUAUGAUGGCAGUGAUGAUGACUAUUCUGAUGAUUUCGACAACAGCGAAGGGGCCUAUCAGCCAGUUUAUAAACCAGCGUCUGAAGCUACUGUUGCGAAGGGAGCAGGUAGACUCGGGUACACAUGGAACUAAAUCUGUCUGGUAUGACAUUGGGUAGAAGUGAGUCUUGGAAACACUCGCACUGGUCCCUUUAUUAUCCUCUUGAGACUGGCGUAGCAAAUGAUACUUGAAUAUUAGGUUGUGACGCAGCUUAAAUUUCCCCCAACUGAUACAGGUGCUGUUUCAGUAUUUAAAUGUGUUACAUUGCCCUUCCCCUUCAACUAAUCAUUCUUAACAUCAUUUGUUCUCGUUUUCAUCAAUUUGAUUAAAAAUUGGUACGAUACAUAUCCAUAUCCAUAUCAUAAUUUAUAUUUGAAUGUCUUAUUUUAUUAUUGUUCAUUUAUGAUUAUACAUGUAGUUUUUAUUCUACUUUAACCAUUAUUUUUUGAGUUACUUUACACGUGACAAUUUUUUGUAUCUGUUGGAGGCUGGCCCCAGAUAUUGAAUGUUGUAGAUGUACAAGUAAGUCAACCUUGCGUUCAUCAGAUGUGUAUCAGAAUUGACUGGAGCUGCAUUUUUCCCUUGAAAUCUGUUUUUUUCUUUUUCUGGUAAACGACCUGAGACUUUGAAGGUCCAUCUGGUAUGUGCAAGUAUCUUGUUUAUACAAGUCUAAUUUAUGCAAAGUUAACUAUUUGUCAGUUUCAUAUGAAACUUCAUUUAAAUUUUGAACUGUAGAAGUUAGCUUUAGUUGAAGUAGAUGGUAGAAAUUUCCAUCUCGGGUAUUUUUACGACAUAGAACUUGCUAAAAACGUAUAGGUGAAUUACCGGCAAUGGCCUUGUCAUUGGUUUAUAGAAGUGGAACUGUAGUUUAGUUUCAAAAGAGAGUUGCCACAAUAGUUUUUUUAGUAGUGAAAGUUUGAAAAAUUCAAACGCUAUGCUCUGCUGAAAUAUGGUUAGUUUUGAACCUGAUGGGCCAACUUGUUAGGAUGGUUAAUUAUUUAGUUGUUUCAUGGAAUGGUACUGUUAAAAGCAUAUUUGGUCAAAUUAAUGGCUCAAAGUUACAAAAUUUGCACAUGUGGAGAAUUUUGCAAUAGUGAAAUCCCUGCUCACAUUGUACAUGUACCGGUAUGUAGACAUUUUACAUCAGUCAAAAGCCAACUAUGCUCACUAUGGUUUUUGGUGAAAAAUGAAGAUUCAACCAAAGCAGGAUCAUUGCCAGAAUUUGCACUCCAGCUUUCAUGAUAGUUCAUAUAGAUUUAUUUAUUCAUUGUAAAUUUGAAAACAUCCUUUGUCAAGAAACAUUUGCUUUUACCUGCAUGAAUUUGUG